CCCCACUGUACGACAACUCUCCCCCACUGUACGAUAGUGACGGCGACGACAGCCACCACAACAAUAACAGUGACGCCCUCGUCACUCAUGGGUCACAUGACGCUUAAUCACAUGUGUCAUGCCUCGUUAUCAACCAGGAACUGAGGACCGCUGGCUGGUUGAUUAUGGGCACAUAGAACAGCUGGUUCGUGAGGUGACUGAAACCGUCACUCUGAGAAGACAAGCCUCUGUUGGCACCGUUCAGCAUGCUCUACUUUCAAACAAACUGAGAACCAGCAUACCUCAGACAGUGAAGCAAGUAGAGGACCUGAUAGCAAGAUUAGACGACUGGGAGUUACGGGACUUGACUCCGGCAGAACGUGAGAGACGAACACGUCUUUGUGAAAGGUUUCAAAGUGCUCUAAAAAAAGCAGAUAUGGAUUUUAAUGAGAGAAAAUACCAAUCAAUUGGGCCAGCUGAGAGCGCUGCCUCAGGUUGGCAUGUAGAGGACGACUCAGUGGACACCAGCAGCCUGACUGUUGAUCAGCUACGUCGGCAGCAAGGACGUAUUCUUGAAGAGCAAGAGUCUGGGCUUGAUGCAUUGUCUAAAGUUGUAAGUCAACAGAAGGAAAUUGCCAAAGCUCUUGGUAACGAGGUCGUGGAACAGAAUGACUUACUCGAUGACAUUGCUGACCGCACAGAUAACGCACAGAACAAUGUUGUUAAUGAAACCGACCAAAUCUCCAUGGUGACAAAAAAGUCAAGGACAUGGCCUUACUGGGUGGUGAUUGCUGUCCUCUUCAUGGCUAUCGUCAUUGUUGCUAUUUGGUAACUACGGUAAAACCAAGAUGUGAUGAAUUAUUAAUUGCAUACAGUGAUUGGUGCCAUGGCCUAGGAAAACCUCAGUGUAGAAAUGAAUUUCAGUGCCUAUAACAUAUUUGACUCGGAACUUGAAUACUGUAUUGUAUAAAAUGUAUAAAAAUGGCACGAGGAAUCUCUGGCCAACACAGUAGCUGCAAUAAAUAGUGAACAAAACUUAUGAUGUAUGGUGCAUGAUCUGGAUGACAGGCUGGAGGUUCCUCGUGUCUAGUAUUCAGUGUUUUGUAAACUUCAAGUUAGAAUUUUGCAGUAUGGUGAUAAUGUGUGCAUGCAUGUGUGUGUGUGUGUGCAUACAAUGACAUGUAUGUACAUACAAUGAUGUGUGCACAUAUACUGAUAUGUGUGUAUACAUACACCGAUGUGUACGCGUGUGUGUACAUUGACGUGUGUGUGUGUGCAUUGACGUGUGAGUGUGCAUGCACUGACACGUGUACAUACAUGCUUUAAUGUGUGUGUGUAUAUGCAAUGACACAUGUGAGCAUACAUGCACCGAGAUACAUAGUUAAAUUCAUUUUACUUGCUGCAUUAUUUGACACAAUACCUACAUAUGAGUGACAUUACUGCAGUAAGUGAUACUUUGCCCUGCCUAAUAAUUGUAAGUGAAUAUCCAAUAUGACAUUCCUUUAGCAGAAAACGGAUGUGGUGGAACAUUUUCCAAAAAGUGUCAUUAAGUUUCCAAGUUACUGAAUAGAAUGAUGUACAGUAUAUGAUUUUAGAAUUCUAUUGAGCAUUAGUAUACAUAAUCUGCACAGCUUGAUGUCUGUCUUGCAUACUGUUAGAUUUGUGAAAAAAACUUUGUUUUAUUGUUCAAACUUGUUUAUCAUUGCUGUUUGCAUUUUCUUGAAGGACAUUAAUGUUUUCCAAGUGUUCCUGAAGGAUUGUAUUAUGUUUACUGAGAAAAUGAUAUCUGAUGUAUUUCUUUUGAUGUACAACAAGAAGGUCUAACUCUGCAAGGUAUAAAAUUUUGAGGCAUUCUUCUAAAUUUUGUCCUUAAAUGCACUGUGACCUCUUCAAGGUUCAGUUUUCUUUGGGGCUGUCUGUGAAGGAUGAUAAUUUGUUAUAUGGUAAUUAGAACUGUAUGUUUUGGAAAUGAAAUAUUUCACCGCUAAUCAUUUUCCAAGGAACAUAUCUAGUCAAGUGACUGCUUUAACCCCUUUCCCUCUCCAUCACAAAAACAUUCAGUUGCUUAUCAUUUGUUGAGGCAGUUACAGUACUUCAAAUGAUUCAUAUUAUUAGAUCAAUUCAAAUUUAAAAGUAGUCAGAAUUACGUUAUGAUUUCUGAAUUUGAGCGACUCUAGAGCACUGUCCAUGGUACAGUGACCUGUGUCCUCGACUCACAAACAAGGAUCUUUGGUUCAAUCCCCAGGUUGGUAAAAAAUGGCUUGGAACAUUUAAUUUCACCUGAUGCCUCUGUUCACUUAGCACUAAAUAGGUACCCAGGAAUUAGGAAAAUGUAGUGGGUUGCAUUCCAGGGAAGGUCAGUUGUUGACUUUAGGGGAGAGGGACAUCAAUAAGCCUAAGUACAGGCUCCCUGUCCCUGACAAUGGGAAUUAUUUAAAGCAUUCCAUUGUGUAUCGCUGGUAGCAGGUGGUACUGGUACUCGAGUCACUGUCCACAGUAGGACGAUCAAUAGCUCGAGAUUAUCUAGUGAAUAUACAAGUCAAAAUAUGUGAAAUACACAAAGAAGACAAGAACCACCAGGGUGACAAGAAUGGGUAUCGUGAUUCAUCAAACAUACAUAAGUUUAUUAAUGUAACUACAGUGUAUUAUAACUUAUCAUUAUUAUGUUCGGCACUUUCAUGGGGCGGGGAAAUAUUUAUACUUAUCGUGAUAUAUAUUAAUAGAUCUGAAUAAAUGAAUUUGUACAUUA